UACACCUCUAUGAAUCAGGUGUUUUGUCCUUUUUUAUCAUAGGACAAACCUUAAUGUAGAAAAGAAUGAGAUAUGGAAAAAUAGAUAACAACGAUCAACGGCAAAACUCAAUAAAAGUAGAAACGUAGGAAAACCCGAGAAACAUCGGGAAAACUCCUAAAUACAUCAUCAUUAAUUUUACAUAGCUGUGUAGUGUUAUAGCGUUUCUACAUUACGUGAUAAAUAAACACUUCUUUAUUCCUUGCUUUUCUACGAGAUUAUUGUGUGGUAAAAUGGACUUUUUAAGUCUGCCUGUCGUUGUGGUAGAAAAAAUAUUAUCCUACUUAUCGUACGAUGAAGUUUCUAAGUACAGAAUGGUAUCCAAAGGUUUUAAUGACAUCUGCAUGAGAAUGUUAAAUCGUGGAUUCCUGAUGAUAGAGCGGCGACAUGCAUUGGCCUUAAAAGGUGUAAAAGCACAACUGCCUCGUAGAGAAUCUGAGCGCAGAUAUCAUCCUUUGGCCAGGCACUGUGAUAUUUUGACAUCAAUUGAAACAAGAAUAUCUAUGCUGAACAUGACUUAUUCAAAAUUUAUGGAUUGCGGUAUUUGCUGCUUUAUACCAGGAAAGGUGAUAGACGAAAUUCGUCGUGUUCUCAGUUUAGUUGAGACAUCAAAAACUCCACCACGCGCGCAUGAAGUGUUACAAGAGUUGCGAGAUAUUUCAAGCAUGGCUAUCGAGCAUUUUGAUGAUAAAGUAUCGCCUGACUUCCGUAAGAAGUUACACGAGGGCGUCCCCAUCCCAGAACCCAGGCCAUCCCAAGUUGCCUUACUGCCACUAGCACUCCGACAAGAGAUGUUGGAUCUUCGUCGUCGUACUGUAUUGAACGCGAAACUGUCUUUACAUGUAGCUUCGCAGUACAAAAAGUUUUAUAAACGGAUCGUAGAAUACAGGCAAAUUGCCUGGAGGCAAAGGAAGACCAUUCGGGAUUUAAAAAAGCGGCAGAGAGAUCAGGACGCUUGUAUGGCUGACUUGAAAAAACGGAUUGAAGAAUGCGAUAUAAAGUACAGCAAGCUUACACACGCUGACCAGACGGUCGGAGGGACUGUUAUUGCUGGUAACAGAAUAUUUACAUCAGCGAAUGACAGUUCAGGAAGUGUUGCUCCGCUACGUCACUUCGGUAGUCAGAUUAAAUUGGAUCUGUCAGUUUUGCCGAUUGGGACUAACAAACGAAACUCUAAUAAAUUGUUGCCAAACAUGAAGCCGCGAAAGCCUCAAAUAAGACUGCCAAGCUUAUCUGAAGAUGUUGAUAUGGAGUCAAACCCAGUUCCUUCAACGUCAAAUCAGACUCCUCGCCAGAAAACCCAAUGCACUAUGGCCAAAAUACGCGGCAUCACCAAUGAGAUUCGACAAUUGAGUAAUCUGUCAAAAACUAUAGAGGGAAAGUUAAAACGUCCGCGUAUAUCAAAUUCGGAAGACUUGGAAAAUAAAAAACAAAAGUUGCAAUAGUCUGUUGGUUGUGUUAUCUGUGGAUGUGUUUGUAUAUUGCGUUGUCUGUAAAAGCUUUUGUCUAUGCUCAUAAGUGUCUAUGUUCAUAAGUUAAAAAUAGAGAAUUAAAUUGAUUAUUUAAAGAAAAAUCGAAAAUAGAACGAUGAUCAAAAUCUGUUUGGAUCGUUUUCGUUUGUGCAAUACUUUUGCAUUUUUUUUAAAUUGACCUAUAAAUUGAAUGUAGGUAUUAAUAGUUUAUCAGUUAUUACAUUAAAAAGGUUAAAAUAUAGAAAAUUCCUGGUUCUCUUUAUUUAAGGUUUCGUUACGAAAUCUAUGAAAUAUUAAUCAAAUAAAUAGAUCUAGGAUCUUAUCAAUGUUAGAUACAUAUGUCUGGUGUAUAAUUUUAUUUCCUCCAGAAAUUAUGAAGCUAUUAUUGAUGUAUUGAACUCUGAACUAGGCAAUUGAUACAAUUUAUGCUCUAUUGUGCCAUACUUGCUCAAGUAAUAAAAUAAUUGGUGUACGUAGUAUGAUUGCUAUUAUAUAUACCAUAAUAUAUUUACAUACUAAAAUAUUUCUUGGACGGACAAACGCGCAGGAGGCUCAACCUAGACAUUUUUCAAUACUAAUUCGUGAUAUUAGCUUGUUAUAUAAGGAACCGACUUAUAAUGGUCCUCUCCUCAGUUUGAACAGGUUUUAUAUACACUCUAGGUGAACUAAAGAUUCUAUGUAGAAAGUGGUAACAAUAUGACGUUCUUUGUUUGAGAUUUGUCGCUUGGCAAGACCUUACAAGGAAGUAUUCAAAUCUGGUAUUCACGUAAUCGUGAUCGAUAUUCCUGUCAUGGCUCUUUUCAAUACGCCAUGAUUUUGAACCGCGAUGGACCUUCAUAUACACGCUUAUAUUUUGCGGAUGGUAAUUGUCUAUGCGCAACCAGAGAUUAUAUUCAACAUUGCCAACGGUGAAAAAACAUUGUAGCCUCUAGCCGCCAUAUUGAUUCUGAGUCAUCAAAGAACUCGAAUUAAAUUUAAAAAUACAAUGAAUACAUUCUGGCCUCAUAUAUGAUAACUUAUAAAAAAGCAAUAUUGACUAUGAGUGUAAAAAGUAUAUGUAUUACUUUAUUAUGUAGUAUAACUUUAUACUUAUUUAAGAAAUUCUGUUUAAUGUAGUUAUUAUUAUUUUGAAGUAAUGAAGCGACAUAAAAAUUGUAUACUAAUGUUUAGUAUUGUAAAAGCUUGUCAUAUUUUGUGUAGUAGGCUGAUAAAUGUUUAACCUUGUAGAGUUAUUCUCAAUUAUACCGCCUAAAACUGUAUUGGUGAAAUCGGCUUAUAAGCAAAUAAAAUAUGA